AUGGUGGUGGAUCAUAUAUUGUAAUCAUCAGUACUUAAUAGUUUUAGGAAUAUAGCUUUCUUUGGUAUAACCUACCAGUCUUAUAAAGCAUUAAUAAGAAACAAGGAAGUUGAACAAAUGCAGAAAGGAGUGGUCAACAAGGAGGUAAGAGAAGAAGUAAAAAAGAACGAAGAACAGUUAGUCAGAAUAGUCAUGAAAUGGAUAACAGCUUUUCUGUUUAUCAAAAUGUUUUGGAUAAUAGAGAAAUUCAUAGUCAUUAUCCCCCCAGCACCCAUUAAGCUUUGGCUUGGCUUAUGGAUCAUGCUGCCUAAUUUCUAUGGAGAGUUUUUCAUGUAUAAUCUACUAAGUGAUAGAUUAGAUAAAUUUGAAAGAGAAAUGAGGAAAAUCAGAAACAAAAUCGUGGCAUUAAUUGUUGAGUAUGCGAUGAGAUUCACAUUCGUAUUACUGAUAAAGUUUAAGCCCUAUAUUCAUACUCUGACACUAAAGAGAUUUAAAGAAAACACCUAGACCUAAGAGAAAGAAAUUGACAGGGAAUUAGAACUAAGGAAAAAACUAAGUCAAAGUGAAAAUGAUCAGAUUAUUAGAGACAGCAGUGUUUUAAAUAAUGAAACGAUAAAAGCUUUUAAGGAUCCAAAACAACAAAAUCUCACCAAGCAAGCAUCAGUUAGUCAGUACCCAAGAAUCAAUAAAAGUGACACUCUCAGAGCUAAGGCCACAAGAGAGGCCAAAUAAGACAUGAGCAAAUCAUUUAUUGAUCAAAUGGAGGCACUUGACCAGAACGCUAAAGCAGUAACUGACAGGAGAAAAGCUCAAACAAAUCUUGGACAUACUUUGACUGACAGAAUGAGCAAGGGCAUCCAGUAAAAAGUAGCAGCUAACACACAAAAGGAUGUGAAGAAGCCAAUUGAGCAAGUUGUAACUUAAUCUCAAUUCUAUAUUGACGAGACUAUCUUUUCUGAUGAGGACGACUCUUCAGUAGUUAUGGAGUCACUAGAUAGAAAAAGUCAGACUUUGAGUUUCAUCUAAGGAAUCGAUAAGUCCUUCGAUAUGCUACAGCCAUAGCAAAGCAAGAAACCAAUCACUAGAAAUGUAAUGGGAAAGACCAGAACAGCUGCAACUUCUAAUAGAUAUGGAACCUAGUAAUCAUUGAAUGUAACUAUCGAUGAGGACUAUUAGGAGAAGGCUGAGAGAGAUGUCAAAAAAUUCAGAUGA